UCAGAAUCCCGAGGAUUAUUCAUUAUUUAUUUCGGGAACGAAAUGUCAAGAUGCUAAAGUGAAGAAAUUGAGUGCCCAAAUGAUUGUUCGUUAUUGGAAAAAUUUUCCUGAACAGCGCAAUUCUGCAUUUUAUGCAUUAAUUUCGAUAUUAGAAGAUCGUGAUCCACAAAUAAGAAAAGUUGUGAUUCGUGAAAUGUCACAUUUAGUGAAAGCUGGUCAACUUGUUGAUAAAAUCGCAGAUGUUUUAUCACAAAUGCUUCAACAAACUGAUGAAUCGCAAGAAAUAACUCUCCUUACGAAUGCUUUAGCGGAAUGUCUUAAAUGUCAUCCGAAAGAAGUUUUAUCUGCAAUAUUUUUAAAUAUAAUCAAGUCUGAUGAGGAAUCGAUUCGUAUUCGACUUUUAAAAUUUAUCAAUGAAUAUUUACCGACUAUUCCAACAUCAUUAAUGAAUAGUGAGUUGAAAGAUGAAGUGGAAAAUUAUUUCAGAAAGAUUUUGAAAGAUGUGACGGCCUUAGAAUUCGAUUUAAUUUUUGAUGUACUUCGCUCGUUGGAAACAUAUAAAAGUGUAAAAGGACGUAUAACAUUAUUUAAAAUAGUUAUCGAUCAGAUUGGAUUGGAUCAACCUUUUCCUGUUGAUGAUAUACAGAGAUUUGAUCAAAUUUUAUAUUUCGUAGAAAAGGCCCAAACGCUUCUUUCGCAAAAUUGUCGAAGUACGGGUCUGGUUGAUUUUCUCGUUUCGAAAGGUAUUCCUCGUUUAGAUGAAACCAGCGCUGCAUUACGACAUCGCUUUCUUCGAGCCUUAGCUGAUAUGGUAUCAUAUGCUAAAACUCUAGACGAGUCUCGUAUCAAAAUUAUUUUAAACUAUUUCUUGGGUCUGAUUCCAUUAAUGCCGUCGGAAAAAGAAGAAACUAGCGAUGACUGUCGUAAUGAUGGAGCUGAAGUUCCUCAGCUUAAACUAAGUGAAUUGGAGGCUGUAACCAUCAUCUUAUUUGUUCUUUUUAAGGCUAAUCGCUCCGUUUUUGAUGCAUUGCAGCAGCAAACUGAUGAGAAUAUACUUUGGCGAAAAAGAGUGGUUUAUUUGGCUCGUCUUCUUCAGCAAUAUAUCACAGUAACAAAUAGUGAAAUAAAUCUGCAACGAGAUUCAGACAAAUCUGACAAGAAUCAUUUAAAUUUUUUGGAAAAUACACUUAGCGUGGCUACGAACAUUUUGAAAUUAGUAAAAGAAUUUUUACAUAAAAAUCCAUCCUUUUCUUCUAUGCCAUCAAAAAGUUGGAAAACAACAAUUCUAAUUUCUUCGAAUUUGCAACAGUUAGUGUUUAUUCGUUUUUUGCUAAUUCUCUAUUAA